CUAUUCGAUUAGUGUUACCACAAUUGACCAUGACUAGAGGGAACAUUCCAUUUUCCCUUUUGGUUGGUAUUGGAAACUUGGUAGUUUCCACUUUCCAAAUACAGUGGUUUAUUGGGCAAGAUUCUAAAUUGGUGGCAGUUGGUGGGAAGUGGGCUGAUGCUGUUGGAAUCAAUUGUUUAAGCUGACCCCAAUAUUCAAAUCCAUUGAACUUCAAAUUGGAAAAAUUUAUCUUAGAUUUCGCUUUCCAUCUUUCAAAUCUUCCGUUUUUCCCCAAUCAGCUUCGAUUCAUCCAAAACCCACAUACGAAUUCCAUGUUUCCAUGAAUUUCUGUCAACUUUCAUCGAAUUUGGACAUGGGUUUUACUCAUAAAACCCUAAAAAAUCUCCACCUUAUCUCUUUCAUAGUUCUUCUACACUUUGUCCCGGUGUUUCCACAAGGAAACAACAGUAGAAUCGAUCAAGGUCAGCUGCUUAGAGAUGGGCAAACCGUUGUUUCCCCUAGUCGGGUUUUCGAGCUCGGAUUCUUCAGCCCUGUGAAUUCAAGAUUAAAAUACGUCGGAAUUUGGUAUUACGGAUUUCAGAACCGAACAGUCGCAUGGGUAGCGAACAGAGACGAUCCAAUCACCGGCGAUUCUGGUGUUUUCAGCAUCGGAAAUAAUGGAAGCUUGAUUGUUUCCGAUGGAAAUGAUAGAGUUUAUUGGUCAAGCAAUAGUCCUUCAGCAGGAGGUAAUUUAACAGCGAUUCUUAUGGACAAUGGAAACCUGAUGCUUUCAACUGUGCAAAACGUCGGUGUUGAUACAGAAGCUAUUUGGCGGAGUUGUGAUCAUCCAACUGACACUUACUUGCCGAAUCAGAGAGUUUAUUCGAAUAUCACAGCGGAAGAUAGUCGCCGAUUUGUUUCAUGGAGGUCUCCUAAUGAUCCUUCAAAGGGGAAUUACUCCAUGGGAAUUGAUCCUCGAGGUUCGCCCCAGGUGGUGGUUUGGGAAGAGCAAUCACGCCGGCGGCUAUGGAGAUCCGGUCACUGGAAUAAUCAAAUAUUCAUCGGAAUCCCACAGAUGAGAUCGUUAUUCCUUUAUGGUUUCAACUUAGUAACUACUGCAAACACUGACAUCAUAUAUUUCGUCUUCAAUAAUCAAAACACUACACUUCUGAUGCGAUUCAUGAUCCAAUGGAAUGGAGUUGUUCAACAAUUGACAUGGAAUAAUCAAAGAUGGGAGGUCAAUUUAUCUCUGCCUACUUCCGAUUGCCAAUAUUAUAACCGAUGUGGGAAUUUUGGUAUCUGUCAAUCCUCUCUAAAUUCUCGAUCUUUAUGUAGCUGUAUGGAAGGAUUCGAUCGAAAUUCCACUGGUGUCUGUGUUCGAAGAACUCUACUCAACUGCAGUUCCAAUGGUUCCACUGAUGGGUUUUUCCCUCGAACUGGUGUUAAACUGCCGGAUUUUGCCGACCUGUUGGCAGACGUGGGUAAUAGCGGUGAUUGUGUAGAAGAAUGCUUGAGAAACUGUUCGUGUAGUGCUUAUGCAUACGUAUCCGGGAUCGGAUGUUUGAUUUGGGGAGAUAAUUUGGUUGAUGUUGAACAAUUUGCAGAAGGUGGUGAAACCCUUUUCAUUCGUCUUGCAGAUGCUGAUUUAGAAAGUCGGAAGAAAGCAUCUAAAACUCUCGUCAUUGCAUUGUCGGUGACUGGAGCAGUUGUUCUUGCCGUUAUUCUAUUAUUGUUAUGGAGAUUCCGGCGAAACCUUAAAGAGGGUCGAAAUCUAUGUGGAAAAUCAAAGAAACAAACAUCAGUUUCGGAGGUGACACAUGGUGUACAAAAUCACGUUGAGAAUUCAGGACAACAAGAUGAUGAAGGGAAACCGUAUGAAGGACCCUCGUUGCCUUUAUACAGUUCUAGUGUCUUAGAAGCCGCUACUGAUGGCUUUGCAAACAAGAACAAACUCGGUCAAGGUGGUUUCGGCCCCGUUCACAAGGGAAUUUUGCCGGGAGGACAAGAAAUUGCGGUAAAACGGCUUUCAAGAUCGUCGGGGCAAGGAUUGGUGGAAUUCAAGAACGAGAUGAUUUUGAUUGCAAAGUUGCAGCAUCGAAAUCUUGUUAGAUUGUUGGGGUAUUGCAUUGAAGGGGAAGAAAGAAUGUUAUUAUACGAAUACAUGCCUAAUAAAAGCCUCGAUACGUUUCUAUUCGACCCGAUAAAAAAAGCGGAAUUAAGUUGGAAAAUUCGAUUCAACAUCAUCGAAGGGAUUGCAAGAGAAAUGACUCCCAAGAUUUCUGAUUUUGGAAUGGCAAGAAUCUUUGGAGGGAACCAAAACGAAGCCAACACCAAUCGAGUUGUUGGAACUUAUGGUUAUAUGUCUCCUGAGUAUGCAAUGGAAGGUUUGUUUUCGGUGAAAUCUGAUGUUUAUAGCUUCGGUGUUUUGCUUCUAGAAAUCAUUAGUGGCCAUCGAAAUAACGCUUUCCGUUCUAAUGAUUCCACAAAUCUAAUCCGACAUGCAUGGAAGCUAUGGAAAGAAGGAAAAGCCGAUGAACUAAUCGAUCCCACAAUUCUAGAUUCAUGUAACAAAACAGAAGCAUUACAAUGCAUCCACGUGGCAAUGUUAUGCGUGCAAUCAUCAGCUGUGCAAAGGCCCACCAUGUCAUCGGUGGUCUUCAUGUUAGAAGGUGAAAACACAAGCCUUCCACAACCAACAGAAGUCGAUAUCACAUCAUUAAGUUCAGUAGAAAUGGAUUUGAUAAUGGAAGGCCGAGAAAUCAAUAUUUCAUCCAAUGACGUUACCAUUACGGAAGUUUCUGGAAGGCCAUGAGUGGUGGUGGCUGUAGCGGAAUUGAAUAUGAGACCUCAUGCCAUGGAUAGUUUGUUGUAUAGAAUUUGGCAACGUGUAAAUUUAUGAUAAUGUUUUUGAGAUGACGCGAUAUAAUUGUUUUGUAAAUCAGAAAUUAGAAGAGUAGGAAAUAUAUUGGAUGUUAUGUGUAUUUGCCUAUUUGGGCGUAUGUUUCAUUUAGCAAGUAUAAAUAUAGUUUGAAAUUGUUGGAAAUAAUAAAGUAGUUUCCUUCGUUA